AUGGAUAACAGGAAAGCGACACCACCCCGAAAUACUCCACGAAGUGCGCCUACCCCAGAAUUUCAUGCUGUCAUAGCUCCAACUUCACCUACAUAUCCGCCGUAUGGAGCUACUUACAUCGACCCAAGCCAACUUGCCGCCGCUGCCACAAAUGCUUAUGAAGUGAGCGGUGAUCCUGUCAAUUUAACCUAUGUAUAUCCUGUAAGUCCACAAUUUUCAGUCCAAUAUUAUCCGGACUAUUCCAAUGGCUAUCAAAGUUAUCCCGGCUCUCCUUCCUUGCACCCACAAUCUCCAUCUAUUAACCCUACAAGCCCACCCUUCAGUCCUACUUUACAAUAUCAACAAGUGGCUCUUUCGCCUCCUACUCAUGCGUAUGUGCUCCCGUCGCAUUCAACGCAGCCAUUUCCUCCUUUGCAUAUCACUUCACCCAUAUUGACAGGUAGAACUUCGUUACCAAGCUCUCCUCCGCACCAAUACCUGCCAGGACCUUAUAUUAUUCAUACAGAUAACAGAAGCAAUAAGAAACACAACCAGCAUCAUAAUAACAGUAUGGGUGAAAUACAACCAGAAGAUGCUGUCGAUUAUCAUACGCACAAUAUCUAUGUUCGUGGAUUGUCAUCCUCAACGACGGAUGAGUCAUUUUUGGAAAUGUGCCAAGUAUAUGGUGAUGUCGCAUCUUCAAAGGCCAUCAUUGAUCAAAAGACAGGCGAAUGUAAAGGAUAUGGCUUUGCCAUGUUUAAUAAUGAGAAAGAAUGUGAGGAGGCUAUCACAGGAUUGAAUAAAGCUGGAUUACAAGCAUCCUAUGCUCGUGUGGGACAGGAGUCCUUCAGUUCUCGUCUAAAAAAUCUGCAGGAUGAGACUUCAACCAACAUAUACAUCUCUAACUUACCAUUAGAUUAUACUGAAGAGAAACUCGAGGAGUUAUUCCAGCCAUAUCGAACGGUAUCCAAUCGAAUUUUGCGUGAUCCGCAAUCAGGGCUAAGUAGAGGCGUUGGUUUUGCGAGAAUGUCAGAUCGCCAAGCAGCUUCAGCUAUUAUUGACAAAUUCAAUGGACAUACAAUUGAAGGUUCUUCAGCACCAUUACAGGUGCGGUUCGCUGAUUCUCCAGCUCAAAAAAAAUUAAAGAGUCAAACCGCACGUAAUAGAAGAGUAGUAAGACCUCGUGAAUUUCAACCGAUGGCCACAUUUGCCAUGAGACCUAUUAUGCCUAUCACACCAGAGACUAUGUUAGGAAUAGCACCUGCUAAUCCAGCGUCAACAUCUCAUCAUGCAUAUUUUACUGACCACCCACAGUAA